AUGUACCAUCAACCUGUCUUUAAAAACAGAAGAACUCUGCUAGAGAGAGCAGAGAAGUUCAUAUCAGAGAUCUAUUUUACAGACUGCAAUCUCCGGGGACGACUCUAUGGGGACUCGUAUCCACUUGAAUUUCUGACUUCAUUCCUGUCCUCUAAACGGAUUCCCUUCUCAGAAGCUGUCAGUCAGAACUUUGCUCCUUACAAGAUUGGCGAUACCUUUGGACCAACAUGGUGCACUUGCUGGUUCAAAGUGAUAUUGAGAAUACCCGAAUCCUGGAGGGGGAAGGAAGUCCAUCUUCUGUGGGAGAGUGAUGGAGAAGCGAUGGUUUGGAGGGAUGAGCAACCAGUCCAGGGAUUAACUAAAGAGGGUGAAAAGACCAGUUACAUCCUAUCUGAGUGUCUGGGAGAUGAUGACCCACACAGCAUCACCCUCUACGUGGAGAUGGCCUGUAAUGGUCUUUUCGGAGCUGGACAGGGGUCCAUGAUUGCAGCUCCGGAUCCCAACAGGAAGUACUCCGUUCAUAAGGCGGAGCUGGUGGUGCUCCACCGGGACGUCAGGGAAACGCUCACUGACUUUGAGAUGAUGGUUGAUAUCGUGAAGCACCUGGGGGAAGGAGAGCAGCGGGGCUACCAAGCCCUGUUCACCGUCAACCAGAUGGUGAACCUCUGUGAUCCCGCCCAGCCGGACUCCUUCCCCAAAGCCCGCGCUCUAGCAGAGAGCUUCUUCACCCAGCGCAACGGAGGCAGCCAGCACACCGUCCAUGCCAUGGGUCACUGCCACAUCGACACAGCGUGGCUCUGGCCCUACGAGGAGACCAUCCGCAAAUGCGGCCGGAGCUGGGUGACGGCCGUACGUCUCAUGGAGAAGAAUCCUGAUUUUAGGUUCACGUGCUCUCAGGCCCAGCAGUUCCAGUGGGUGAAGAGCUGGUACCCCGGACUCUACGCGCAAAUCCAGCACUUUGUCAAGAAAGGCCAGUUCAUUCCGGUUGGAGGCACAUGGGUGGAAAUGGAUGGCAAUCUUCCGUCCGGUGAGUCCAUGGUCCGUCAGUUCCUGGAAGGCCAGCGCUUCUUUCACCAGGAGUUUGGGAUCUACUGCAAAGAGUUCUGGCUUCCAGAUACUUUUGGAUACUCAGCACAACUCCCUCAGAUCAUGCAGGGGUGCGGCAUCUCCCGGUUCCUCACCCAGAAGCUGAGCUGGAACCUGGUUAACACAUUCCCUCACAACACUUUUUUCUGGGAGGGUCUGGACGGCUCCCAAGUCCUCACCCACUUCCCGCCAGGGAACUCCUACGAGAUGAAGGGCAGGGUCGAUGAAUUGGUUAACACUGUGAAGAAUAACAAAGACAAAGGCAGAGCCAAUCACAGUGCAGCUCUGUUUGGCUUCGGCGACGGAGGCGGUGGACCCACGCAGCUCAUGCUAGACAGACUGACGCGGGUUCAGGAUACAGAUGGUCUUCCAAAGGUCCGAAUGUCAACUCCUGACCAGUUGUUCUCUGAGCUCCUGGCCGACUCCGCCCUGCUGUGCACGUGGUCCGGGGAGUUGUUCCUGGAGCUUCACAACGGCACCUACACCACCCAGGCCAAGAUAAAGCGAGGGAACCGGCAGUGCGAGUCUUUGCUCCAUGACAUCGAGGUGGCCAGCAGCUUGGCUCUGGGCCAGGACAAGGCCUUCCACUACCCUCUGGAACAGCUGCAGGAGCUCUGGAGGCUGCUCCUUCUCAACCAGUUCCACGACGUCAUUCCCGGGAGCUGCAUUGAGAUGGUGGUGGAAGAUGCGCUCCGAUAUUAUCAAGAUAUCCUCCGUGUUGGAAGCGGUCUUCUGGGCGAUGCCUGUAGACACCUCGGCCAGAGGGACCAGAAGGGGGACGCCCCCGCUGUGUUCAACUCCCUGCCCUGGGAGCGUAAUGAGGUGGUCCAGCUCCAGGAGGCCACUGGUCCACCAUCGCUAGCUUUAGUGAAGGUUCCCAGCGUUGGCAGGGCCCUGGUCACGGACACACAACCAGCUAUUCCAGUUUCUGUCACGGUUCAGGCCGAUGGAACGGUCCUCAUGGAGAAUGGGAUUUUGAAAACGAUCAUAAACAAGGACGGCAGUUUGGCAUCACUUUGUUUGAUGGAGAGCAACAGAGAGGCCCUCUCUGACGGCUGCCAUGGCAACCAGUUUGUGAUGUUUGACGACGUGCCGCUGUACUGGGACGCCUGGGACGUGAUGGACUACCACCUCCAGACCAGGAGGCCAGUGACGGAGGUGGUGGAGCCCGUUCAGGUGGUGUCCCCCGGGGGCCUCCGGGGCAGCGUGAGGUUCACCCUCCGGAUCAGCCCCAAGAGCACCGUCACCCAGGAGGUGGUGCUGGACGCCAUGAGUCCCUACGUCAGGUUCAACACGCAGGUGGAGUGGGGGGAGUCACACAAGUUCCUGAAGGUGGAGUUCCCGGUGCUCGUGCGCAGCUCCAACGCUACAUACGAGAUCCAGUUUGGCCACCUCCAGAGACCCACCCACAGGAACACGUCCUGGGACUGGGCCCGCUUCGAGGUAUGGGGUCACAAAUGGGCUGAUCUGUCUGAACACAACUUUGGAGUUUCUCUGCUGAACGACUGCAAAUAUGGUUAUUCCAUACAUAAGAACCUCAUGGCUCUGUCUCUACUUCGAGCACCCAAGGCCCCUGAUGCCAACGCUGAUAUGGGCGCUCAUCUCUUUACAUACGCCAUCAUGCCACAUGCAGGAUCCUUCCAGACGGCCGGCGUCAUCCAGAGUGCCUACAACCUCAACUACCCUCUGAGGCUCUUCAAGACCAGCACUGACACGGCCCCGUGGAGCGCCUUCUCCGUGGACGCCGCCGCCGUUGUCCUGGAGACCAUCAAGCAGGCUGAGGACUCAAGAGGCACUCUACUGGUUCGCUUGUAUGAGUCCCACGGCAGCAGUGUGACCACAAUGCUCCGUACAGACCUUCCCCUCCAACAGGCCUGGCAUUGUGAUCUUCUGGAGCGUCCGGAUCACACUCAGCCAGCCCAGAUGACCUCAGAAGGAAUCACUCUGGGGUUCGGUCCUCAUCAAAUAAGAUCACUCCUCCUUGUUCUAAAAUAAGCACGGCUGGGAGUGACUCAAAGAAUGAAUCAAUAAAAAACCUACUUAUUUUGA